AUGGCACCCGACGUCGAGGCCGACGCGAACAAUGCCGCUGCCCCCGUCAACCUCAAGAACCGCAGCUGGGGCUGGACCCAGUCCGUCUCCAACCACUGGGCGGACCUCCUGUGUCUCGUGCUCUGCUUCAUCACGGGGCUCUGCGACAGCGCCGCCUACAACGCCUGGUCGUGCUUUCUGGCGAUGCAGACUGGAAACACCAUCUUCCUCGGCCUGGGCGCCUCAAACCAACCCCACAACAAACCCUGGGGCUGGCUGAAGUCGCUCGUCUCCAUCGCGGCCUUCUUCAUCGGCGCAACGGUCUUCUCGCUCUACGGCCGCCAUCUCGGCCCCAAGAAGCGCAUCACGCUGUUCUCGUCGUUUCUCUUCCAGGCAAUCCUGGUCAUCAUCGCCGUCGCACUGCUGGAGGCGGACCUGAUCCCGCACACGGUGUCGGAAACAGAGAGUCUAACGGGCGGCCGGUUAUUCCUUGAGCUGAUCCCCAUUGCGCUCCUUGCGUUCCAGAGUGCGGGGUCGAUGACAGCUGCGAGGGGACUGGGGUUCAAUGAGAUCCCGACGGUUGUGCUGACGAGUGUUUAUUUUGAUGUGGCGAGUGAUCCGAAGCUUGUGAGGGAUGUCAGGGGGAAUGUUAAGAGGAAUCGGCGCGUUGGGGCGGUGGUGUUCUUGCUGCUCGGGGCGAUUUGUGGGGGGUGGUUGAGUAGGAGUUCCGGGGGGAUGGAGAGUGCGUUGUGGCUUAGUGCGGGGUUGAAGGCUGCGAUUGCGGUGGUUUGGUUGGGGUGGUUUGGGGAGAGGAAGUAG